CCCAUUUCUCAUUCGGGCAGUACUGUUCGAAUCGGCAGAGACAGGGAGCGAGCGAGAGGGAGAGCACUUGAGCGGCGGAGAAGAGGAGGCGAUUUCAUUGUGUUCAUGUCGUUCCGGAGAAGCCCCUCGCUGGAGCUUGAUUUUCUCUUUGAUUCCCAGUUGCCUCGGUUGCUUGUUCUUGUCCCCCUCCCCCUGUGUGAUUUCGGAUGUUUCUACCCCUGUAGCUUCCAGAUCUAGCUCUAUUUUUGCUUGGUUUCGUGGUGUGUGUAGGUUGCUAGGUGUUGUUGUGGAUUUUGUUAGCUCUUGUAGAUGCAAUUGUUGGUUCUGCUUCGGGGGAUGUGUAGAUUCCGCUGAUACCCCCUCUGCUCUUUUUGUAGAUGUAUGAAUUGGUCUGUUGUGCUGGGUUGUGGUUCCGCUGUUAGGUUUUAGGUUUCCAUGUUUUGAUCCCAUCGGCUGUAGGCGCUGGUAGAUGUCAUCAGAGGGUUGUUUUUGUGGUUAGGGUUCGGUGAUUUCUGCUGAAUAGGUAGGCUAUGUAUUUGUUUCGGCUAGUUGGUUCAUGGCAGUUCUACUCCAACCCUUCUGAUUUUCAUUGUAGUUGUUUGUAUUUUGGUAGUAUUAAUUGUUCCCCUGUAUUAGGAUUUUUUUCAGUGCUUAUUCCCAUAUGAGAUUUUUGCAGAGUGAGAAGUGUAGUCCCAGGGGUAAUCCCAUGUAUUUCUCUGUGCUAUCAUUGUAAUUCCUGCUUAUUUACUUUGUAAUUUCAUGCGUAGUAGCACUGUAAUUUGUUCUGACUUCUAGUGUUAGAUUUUGCAGUGUUGCACAUCCAGUGUAGCCUUCUUAAUCUGCAAAUAGCAGGUAUAUGCCCAGUAUGUCCCAGAUAUUCAUUGUAAUAUGCCCCAGAGUUUCUCUGUAAAUUUGAACUUCUUUUACACUGUAAUUUGCCCAAGAUUUACGUUCUAAUCCCGUAGAUGUAUACUGUAAAAUGCCCCAGAUUUACUAUGUAUAUUUCAGCUUAUUUUACUCUGUAAUUUGACUGAGAUUUACACUGUAAUCCCCUAGAUUUUAUAGUGUAAUAUGCCCUAGAUUUUCUGUGUAUUUUUUGAGCUACUUUUACUCUGUAAUUUGACCAAGAUUUACACUAUAAUCCCCUAGAUUUGCACUGUAAUACGUCCCAGAUAUUACACUGUAAUUUGACCGGGAUUUACACUGGAAUUCGCCUCAUAUUUACUAUGUAAUUUGACCGAGUUUUACACUGUAAUUGUCCAGAUUGCACUGUAAUAUGUCCCAGAUAUUACACUGUAAUUUAACCAGAAUUUGGCUCAGAUUUACUCUGUAAUUUGUCUGAGAUUUACACUGUAAUUCCCCAGUUUUUCCACUGUAAUUUGACUGUAACUUUCAGCUGCAUUACUCUGUAAUUUUGUUUCAUUCUCCGCAACUUUUGAGCUACAUUCUUGUGCCAUAUUCAUGUGUUCAGAGCUAGCUCUCGGAUAUGUAUCUCAUUAGUUUUUUAUGAUUUGUUUUGCUUUUUAGUCUAAUGGGUAGGCUACGGAAAGACUCUUACCAGGACGGUCCAUUGGCAUCAUCUAUUGAGAGUGCAGUUUCUUUAAAUGAUCCAUUUGUGCCUAAUGACUUCGUGGACGAUGGUUCUAAUGCUAUGUCAUUGGAACUUUCUAGUGAUGAUGGAGGCUUUGACAAAGCUCUAUUCAAGUUCUAUAUGAAUCAUAAAGUGAAAUCAUUGAAGAGGAAAUUAUUGUGUGCUGGAAGAAGGAAUGCUGUCAGUUCCCCUUGUUAUACUAAGCUCUCGCAUGGCUUUAGUUUGUCCUUCUCUUUAAUGUUGCAUUGCAGUUUUCCAGUGCUGUAGUUCUGUAUUUAGGUCAUAAUUAAUCUUGUUUCCUUCUGUAUCCUAUUGUUUGUUUGCACAUCUCAUGGAAUUUCAGUGGUUUUCCUCUACAAUUUAACUGUAA